AACAACAACAGCGAACCGAGCAGUGCACACAAAUUGUGCAAUAAAAGCAAGAAGAGUUGAAAAUUUUAAUUUUUUUUUUGCCCAACUGUCAAAUUUAAAAAUUUUAUAAAAUGAGUUUAUUGCGUCGUAAUUCGAGCCAACUGCGUCUGCUGCUGCAGGGCCUGGGCGCAUCGUCAACAAAAAUCAUGCGGCACAAAUCAAGCGAUAACAUCACUGCCAGCCAUAACGUUGGCAACAGUAUAAAUGCAACUGGAACUGCAACAAAGACGAUGACAACUGAUAAGAAGCUCGAGUCAACUGCUGAUGGGGAUAUCAAGAAAUCGGUGUUCAUAUCGCAAUCGCAUGACAUCUUCACCAACUUGGCGCUGGAGGAUUGGCUGUACAAGAACUUUGACUUUGCGCAUCAUCAUGUGCUGCUCCUGUGGGCCAACGAGCCGUGCGUUGUCAUUGGCCGCCAUCAGAAUCCCUUCACCGAGGCGAAUGUCUCCGCGCUGAUGGAGCGCGGCAUCACGCUGGCGCGACGGAACAGUGGCGGCGGCGCUGUCUAUCAUGAUCGCGGCAAUCUCAAUUGCACAUUCUUCACGCCCCGCGAGCGCUAUGAUCGCAAAUACAAUUUAAAUAUUGUGACGCGCGCUUUGUUCCGUGAGUGGGCCAUCAAGGCGGAGAUCAAUGAUCGCGACGAUAUCGUUAUCGCCAACAAAAAGAUAUCGGGCACUGCUGCUAAGCUGGGACGUCCCAAUGCGUAUCAUCAUUGCACCAUUCUGGCUAGCGCCAAUAAGUUGCACCUGGGCGAGUCCUUGGUCAAGGAGCCGGCCAAUUAUAUUAGUCGCGCCACUGCAUCCGUUCCGUCGCCCAUUCGCAAUCUGGUCGAUGUUAAUCGGAAUGUGAAUGUGCCGCAGUUGCUCUCAGCUGUGGGUUAUGAAUACCUGAGAACUGUGGCGACUGCUCUGGAGGAUGGUGGCAGCGCACAGACAAUGAAUCAGCGUGGCUUUCAGUUGGUCAAUCCGACGGAGAAAUGGUUCCCCGGCAUCGAGGAGCUGCGCGCCAACUAUUGCUCCUGGAACUGGGUUAUUGGCAAGACUCCCAAGUUCACGGUGGAAAAGGAGCUCGAACUGAAGAGCAAUGAGCAUGGCAUGAAACUAAAGCUGAACGUUGAAGUUGAAGGCGGAUUGAUGACACAGAUUGGCAUCCAGUUGCCGCAGAGCGAUCAGCUGGUGCCCGUGGUCACUCCCCUCCAGGGCCAGGCAUAUAACGAGCACAAUCUGAACGGAAUCAUUGGCGCCCUCAAGUUGGUCUCCACCUCGAAUGUGCAGCAGGCGAUGAACGGUUCCAUUUGAUUCUUGCUUUGCUAGCAGAGCUACAAAUUUGCAUUAUCUGUCCGUUUUCUCUGCUCAAGCCAUUUUAUAUAUAUAUAUAGAGUAGUACACCUGAUUUAUAUAUCUGAACUAAUGUAGCAUGUAGGAGCAUUAACAAUUACAUAUUGACUUUCUAUUUUAUA